CACCAUGUGGAGGGUGACGAGCACUUCCGGGGGCCACUCAGCUUCCAGGAUCCCAGCAGGGGGUGGAUGUUAAUUGGAGGGUGUCCAGUCCCAGCCCAGCUGUGCUUAGUGUGGGCCUUUCCCCUCGCAGCAGGAGGGCUGAAGUACUUCGGGUCGGCGAAGGCGCGCUACGAUUUCUGCGCACGGGACCGGACAGAGCUGACGCUGAAGGAAGGCGACAUCAUAAAGAUCCUGAGCAAGAAGGGGCAGCAGGGCUGGUGGAAAGGGGAGAUCUAUGGCCGGGUUGGCUGGUUCCCAGCGAAUUACGUGGAGGAAGAUUACUCGGAAUAUUGCUGAGGGCUGGCGCCUUGUGUAAUUCCCCAUCCUGAGAUUGUGACUCUGCUUGGCGCACACACCGAGAGCUCACACAGACACGUCUGAGGCCCACAAGGGGGCUCUGUAGCAAGAAGGGCGGUUGUGUUUGCACCCAGUGACAAGUGCAGCAAAGCGGUUUGCC